AUGAAGCAAGUCAAGAAAGUAAAGGAUAAAAAUUUUAUACAUCGGGAAGUUACUGAUAAAUCCAAGGCUCGUCGAAAGAGGUAUGCGGAAAAAGGUCUUUUCAAAGAAGCCAAUGAAAAGGAAUCAGCUGUAAACAUCCAAAAGAAAUCUAAAAGUAAUAAAGAAACCUUGCCUACUCAUGUUAUUGAAGAAAACAAUGUUGAAGGAUCUAACAGCCAUGAGGAAAAUCAAGAGUUUCUUUCUGUUGUCGAUGAAGGCAACAACCAAGUUCCUUCUGUAUUUGAUGCUACAAGAGUCAUUCAUCUGGAAAGAAGAACUAUGUUAGAAGAUGAAGUUAAUCAAACAGAGCUGUUAAAUGAAGAAACUGAAUCUGAUUCAAUUCACCAAAGAACACGCAAACCUUGGAAUCAAAGAAUGAAAGAACGCUUAGAUGACUGGGAAAGCGCAAAAGAUAUUAUGUACAAGGCUUUUGUAUCAGCCAAAGCUUAUAAUGGAAAUGUGUGCAGCAUAUGCUCACAAGAUUUAAAAGUGUAUGUUAAAUGCUUGACUUGUAAAGUCACAUGUUGUGCAACUUGCGACCAAACUCUACACUGCAAUUCUCCAUUUCAUGAACGUUCGCUAUUUACUGAUGCAGUAUCAGAAAAUCUGCUGCCUACUAGUUUUAUUGACACGGAUGGAAAAGUGAUACAACAAGACGUUGCUGUUCCGUGUGUUGUUCCUGCAAAUUGCCAGAAAUGUUUAAAAACUGGAAAACUUCGUCUCCAUCCUGGAUCAGGAAAAAUCACAGUUGUUACAAAAGAAGGUAUAUAUUAUCCGUUCACUGGCGAUACCUGA